UGUCAAUUGUACUGAUCGCCAGGGUACCGCAAUAAUACUCUAUCUGGGUUAAUUAAAUAAGCCCUAUAUAUUGAUUUUAAAUAUGGGCUAUAAAUUUUUGAAACUCGCAUCAUCUUCCUUUAGGAAUGGAAACAUAAGGAUUGGAGUCAGACAUUAUGCCACUACUCAUGAAGCUGACAUUGUAGUAAUUGGUUCGGGCCCUGGCGGAUAUGUAGCAGCUAUUAAAGCUGCCCAAUUGGGCUUAAAGACAAUAUCAGUGGAAAAAGAUCCAAGUUUGGGAGGCACAUGUUUGAAUGUAGGCUGUAUUCCAUCUAAAGCCUUACUGCACAAUUCCCAUUUGUACCACAUGGCCAAGCAUGACUUCAAACAUCGAGGAAUUGAAGUUGGGGAAGUCAAGUUUGACUUUAACGCAAUGAUGACUUACAAAGCAAAUGCUGUCAAAGCCUUAACUGGUGGUAUUGCUAUGCUCUUUAAUAAAAAUAAGGUGCAACUUGUUCGAGGUGUCGGUUCCAUUGUUGCACCCAACAAAGUUCAAGUUCAAGGGGAGAAGGGAGUCGAAACUAUUAAUACAAAGAAUAUUUUAAUUGCAACAGGAUCUGAGGUCACACCAUUCCCUGGAGUUACAUUUGAUGAGCAGCAGAUCAUCACAUCGACAGGGGCCCUCUCUCUAUCUAAGGUACCAAAGAAGAUGUUGGUAAUUGGUGCUGGUGUAAUUGGUCUUGAACUUGGCUCAGUUUACCAGAGACUAGGUGCUGAAGUCACUGCCAUAGAGUUCCUCGAAAGUAUUGGAGGUGUUGGUAUUGAUGGAGAGGUAUCAAAAACUCUACAGAAGAUCCUUACAAAGCAAGGCAUGAACUUUAAACUUGGUACCAAAGUAACCGGUGUAAAAAAAGAAGGAGGUGCUGUUAAAGUUGACGUUGAAGCUGCCAAGGGUGGUAAUAAGGAAACUUUGGACUGCGAUGUCGUUUUGAUCUCCGUCGGUCGUCGACCGUACACGGCAGGCCUCGGUCUAGACAAGGUCGGUAUUGCUCUGGACGACCGAGGUCGCGUACCUGUGAACAACAAAUUCCAGACCACUGUUCCUGGAAUAUACGCUAUCGGUGAUGUUAUCCACGGCCCCAUGUUGGCUCACAAGGCAGAAGACGAAGGCAUUGUGUGUGUUGAAGGAAUCAAAGGCAUGCCAGUGCAUUUCAACUAUGAUGCCAUUCCAUCUGUUAUCUACACAUCACCAGAAGUUGGCUGGGUUGGAAAGACGGAGGAGGAUCUCAAAAAAGAGGGUCGUGCAUACAAAGUGGGCAAGUUCCCAUUCUUGGCGAACUCACGUGCGAAGACCAACGGCGAGCCCGAUGGAUUCGUCAAGGUGUUAGCGGACAAGGCCACCGAUAUCAUCCUCGGCACCCACAUCAUCGGACCCGGCGGCGGCGAGCUCAUCAACGAGGCGGUGCUGGCGCAGGAGUACGGCGCCGCGGCCGAGGACGUCGCGCGCGUCUGUCACGCACAUCCGACUUGUGCGGAGGCGUUACGAGAAGCGAACUUGGCGGCAUACAUCGGAAAGCCGAUCAACUUCUAAGCUUAAAAUUUAUUUAUAUUUUAUUGUACAAAUAAUUUAUGCGCCAUUAAAUCCCAGAAACAUAAUCACGUAGUGAUUCCCACUAUAAGGAUCUUGUAUGAAUCUAAUGUUGAAAUUUGGGUAUUAUUGAAUAUUAAAUACGAUAUUGUGUUUCAAGAUUACCUUUUAUGAUUUAGAGUUGCCGUCAGUGUAUAAUAAUUUAAUUUCAUUUCUUCUGAAAUAUUUCAUUCCGUAUCAACCAUAACUCAAAAACUCGUGCAUUUACUCAAAGUAAAUGUUGUGAAUAUUCGUGUAUUUAUUUUCUUUUGUAAAUAGAUUUACAGAAUAAAUGCCAUUGUGUUUUA